GGGUCAACAUUCUUUUGUGUCUUGUUCAUUUUUCGUUACAGGUUCCAUGAGCUCGUCGAUUAGUCAUCGCAUUAUUAAAGUCGGAUCUAAGGCAACUAAAAAAUUUAUCAUUCGAUCCGAAGAUGUCAUUGCGUUCGGCAAUCUUAUCGAGGAUCACAAUCCAAUCCAUUCGGAUUCGGAUGCUGCAAAGGCUGCCGGUUUCUCAGGAACUAUCUGCCAUGGCAUGUUUGCUGGAUCGCUCUUUUCAGGACUCAUGGCGACGGAAAUCCCAGGACCAAAUACCGUUUAUCUUUCACAAAAUUUAAACUUUACGGCGCCUAUUUUUGUUGGUGACGAGGUAGAGGUUUCCGUUGAGGUGACCCGAUUCCGACGUAGCAAGGGACUUUUGGAGAUGCGAACUGUUAUACAAAAGAAGGAUUCACAAACCGAAAGACAAGUUGUUUGUAUCGAGGGGACUGCAGUAGGAAUGAACAAGGAAGUUGAAUUCGAAGGGGAAAGCGAGUGGAAGUUAUCUAGAUGAUAUAUUGAUAAAAAUCGAAUUAUUAUGAUUAGUAAUGUUUUUUUUUCGUAUUGUCUUUCAAAUUGGGAAGCUGUGCAGGGAUAAAAUAGUCUAAGAAAAAUACAAAGGCAAUAUUAGCGGAGUGAUAGUGAGUAAGGUUUCAUGUCUAGUGGUGCCUUUAUUCCAUUUCUA